AUGCAGAGUUUCCAAAGACUAUUCUCUGGUGUGAUAUCAAGCUCAAUAUUAGCUUCUUGCCGUUUUAACCAGAGAGACUGCAUUCAGUCGCAACUACUCGAUCAUAGAGUGGGAUGUGAAUCUAGCAGACUCUAUACUUGCACCUCCAAUAACGAUAGUAUAUUGGUACGGCAAAACAAUGUCAAAAUCGGAUUUGAUGUGAUUGUGAACGAUGGAUAUGCGAUAUGUGAAACAGCGAAUGUAUUAGGUGUAGUUGUAUUCCUUUUGCGAGCAGAUGAGAGAAACAUUGCGAUAGAAGAUUGA